CAGGAGCGGACCUCCUCCUCCUCCUCCUCCUCCUCCCCCUUCCCCGCCUUCCUGCCUCCUUUUUCGGCCAUGACGCUGGAAGCGAUCCGCUACCGGAGCGGCUCCCUGCAGGUGCUCAACCAGCUGCUGCUGCCCCACCAGACCGUGCACGAGGACAUCCGCUCCGUGCACGACGCCUACGAGGCCAUCAAGUCCAUGAAGGUACGGGGCUCUCGUGUCCUUUGCGCACGCACGCACGCACGCGCACUCCCCCCCUUUCCCUUUCCUCUGCGUCCGCACGUGCGGCCCCUGGCGGUGGAGCUGCGGGCGGGCGCCGGGGGCGACGACCCCGUGGCGUUUAUCCGGGAGUCUCUGUGUCACCUGACCUCGGCGCGGCCCACCGCCGUCAACAUGGGCCGCGCCGCCCGCGAGCUGAUGGAUGUGAUUUCCUGGAUCGAGGACAUGCUGGAGCGUGAUGUGAACGACAACAGGAAGAUCGGUAACUAUGGCGCCCAGCACAUCCUGUCGGGCGUCCCCCGGGACUCGGUGACCGUCCUGACCCACUGCAACACGGGGUCGCUGGCCACCGCCGGAUACGGGACCGCGCUGGCCGUGGUGGUGGGCGCCGACCGGGUGGUUGCCAACGGCGACACGGCCAACAAGGUGGGCACGUACCAGCUGGCCAUCGCCGCCAAGCACCACGGCAUCCCGUUCUACGUGGCGGCGCCCAGCACGUCCUGCGACCUGAGCCUGGAGACCGGCCGCGACAUCGUCAUCGAGGUGCGCCCCCCCGAGGAGCUGACCAGCAUCAACGGGGUCCCCAUCGCCGCCCCAGGCAUCGAGGUGUGGAACCCGGCCUUCGACGUGACUCCUCACCAGUUGAUCACGGGGGGAAUCAUCACAGAGUUGGGCGUCUUCCUGCCGUCGGAGCUGCAGGCCGCGCUAACGGGCCGCCUCACCGCCCUCUAGGGGGCGCCACACCCCCCCCCCCACAAGCCACGCCCCCACACCCCCGUCUGCACGGAG